AUGGGAACGUCUGGUCAGUGUGCUUCUGUCAGGCCGGUCGACGUCUACCGGGACCCAGGCAGACAUGAACCAGAUGGGGAGCUGCCCGCGUUGAAGCGUAGUUUCCUGGCCCCAGCGCGUGAGCACGUGGAAGGCCAGAUCAUGCAGGCACAGUGGGUCAUCCAGCUGGUCACAAAUAGUAAUGCAGACCAUUCAGGUCAGGGCCACGGCCAACUGCCUACCGAGCGGCAUCUCGCGGUCGAAGAAGGGAAGCUUCUCAAGACUCAUAAUGUCGGAGGCACCAUGUACACCAUGCGUGACCUGUGGAUGGCGCCCCUGCAGAUGCACGUCGUUGGUUCUGGCGACUCCACUGCCAGCAUGAUGUGCAUUUACUGUCUUGAGCAGCCGUGCGUCUGCAUGCAAACAGCUGCAGUUCCGAUUGUCGUGCCGAAGUCUACUCACACGGAGGGCGAAGAUGACACAGCACACUUCCUGGAAGAGCCCAUAGAAGUGGUGAAUGCACAGGAAAGUGAAAGGGAAGGCGGACUCCGCACCCAAGAUCACCAACCAGUGGAACAUGAUGCUUCUACCAAAAAGGUAAACACUACGUGGCUUCGCUUCCUUGACGUUGCACAGAAUGAUCAAGAAGCAUCUCUCCUACGGGCCCUUCCUGAACCAUCACUGGAAGUAAGUGACCUUGCGCGAGCGAGCUUCUUCCUUGAGCAGAUACGCCAGCUCCCGGACCCCUUGAAAUCAAGGCUGGUGAACAAGAUAGAGGAGCAGCAUUCGGAUCUCCUACGAGAACCUCGGGGUGUAGAUCUGGUCGCACGCUUUGAUGCGCAGCGAUUGGAGACGGCGACUAUCGGGACAACGGCAGGACACGAGAUGCCGAUACCGACAACACCAGUGACAGGACCGGAGGGGAAUGCGGCCUCCGCCCCUUUCACCACGGAAACAACAGACCUCGACGAGUUCUUAGCAGGUUUUGCUGGCGCUUCUGAGACUGAAGACAAUAGUGCAAAUCUGCAAGACAUAGGCGGGCCAUUGGCAGACAGUGGAGAGGCCUCUGGACAAAUUGCGUCCACGCCGGAUGUACAAAGUGAGGAAUCUGAUGGAGAUGGGCCAAGGUGCUCCAACCGGCCGCCCACUCGAGCAUAUGAGAGUGCAUGCGAGCGUACAGUCCUGAUGUGCACGGCAGACAAGAGUGCUAGGGCAUGCAACACGGGUGCUUAUCGGGCUGCACGAUAUUCUGCGCAGGACACCCACUCGCAACACGAGAAGCGUGUUGCAACUGGGAAGGUGGCUGACACAUCCACGAGACGGCGCAACGAUCCCAUCGACACUGGGAACGUGGUCUCCACACCCAGCAGGGCACUCAAUUGCCUUGCGAAGCUGCUGGUUUGCAUCCUUACGUACACACAUGCAGAACAAGAGUUCAGCCAUCGAAUCGGAGCACACUUUGGCUCAUGCCCAUUCCUCCCCCCCACCAUAAGACCAGCCCUGACGGAAGCACAAGCUCCUCGCCUUCCACUUCCUACACCUGACCUCGGCCUCCGUAAUUACACUGAAGAUUAUGUGCAAGAGACUGAACUUGAGACAGGUCAGGACACCCACAGCGUCACCUUGAACUCUAAUCACAUAACUACACGGUUCCAGGGACCAGCACCGGGGAUACUGGUUUUAACUCCUGCCAAUGCGCCUGCCUGCAACAUGGGACCCAGUCCGAGCUCAAAGAAGAAGUCAUCUCGGCGUUUACCCACAAGACUACGCCAGUCGGGCGCUGCGCCCACAGGCAAACUACUUGCCCUCAGACAGGCCGCUGUGGCAAAGGCGCAGAAGAGGCAAAGGAGUACAGCGGACUCCGCACUCCACGAAACUACGCGUCAAGACGAACCUGGAGAAGAGCCAUCAAGUAGUAGCCGAGUGCGCUUCCACCCGAAGAGACGUAAGAAGGCCAGCUCGGAAGACAUGGUGGAGAUGGACUACAUCAUAGAACUCUCUGAACCAGAAGAGGACACGGAGCAGGACACGGUGCCCAUACCAGCGCACAAUCGAAACCUGACAGCGGUCUCCGCUCAGGCAGCAAGCAGCCGUCGACACCGAGAAGAUCCGCCACAGCCCGCCUCGGGCGAACGCCCAACCGCGAGCAAGCGGGGGGAACCGCCUAGACCACCGCUGGCGCGACGAAGAAAGACGGCCAUAUCGAAAGCACUCACGGACGUCCUGAGACACUCUGGAGCAAGGCAUGGAUUGGAGGUGAGAGCAGAUGCACUCUUUGACCUCCGUGCCGUUCUGGACACGCACAAGCUUAAGGCGCUACAUGCACAGGAACACGAAAUCCUGCAAGUGGUCGAGGAGAGCGACAAGAAGAGAUUUGAAGUGGUCCAGCGGGAAGGGGCAAAGUGGAUCAGAGCGGCACAGGGCCACUCCAUGGAAGGCAUAGACAACUCCACCUUCCAAGUGCGAGUGCCCAGACGCCUGCUGCCACAGGAGCUGUAUCACGGCACAUACGAUGAUGCCUACAGCCAGAUAGUCCAAAGUGGACUGUUGGCGGGUGGUCCAAGCCGCAAGCGAAAUGACAUACACCUCACGGAGGGGCUGCCGACUGAUCGUCCUAUCUCAGGAAUGAGAAAUACAUGCAACAUUGCACUCGCGAUCCUACCGAAGGAGGCUGCGGCGGAGGGGUGCACGUUCUACAAGAGCGGCAACCAGGUCUAUCUCACAAAGGGUAUCGGCACACAAAAGGUCCUCCCAGCUCGUUUCAUCCACGCCGUGAUUAUCCUGAAGAGCGGAGAGAGAAUCUUGUCAAGAACCGCAGAUGGGCCACCGAGCCUCAGGGAUGUGCACGCGGGCCUAUUGAGGGCCAACGAAGGCAUGCGGGCCAACCGAGCAAAGAUCAAUGCCGGGAGCCUGAUUCCACGGCACACUGCAACUGAGCCACGACCGCAGGACAUAACAUUGAUCAAGCAAAUACAAAAAGAUCAGCACGACGACUCCCAAGCCGGCUCCGAGAGACAGGACGGAGGAGACGAACGUGACUGGUGGCAUACCUGGAGUUGGUGGUCUCCACACUCUCAGGAAUGGCAAUGGCAGACCUCGGACGGUACCAGGGCAACAGAUGGAGACGCACAGGGAUGGGGGGUGAACGUCAUGAAUACGCAGGCCGCAACAAGACGAACACAGUCCAUGGAGGGACUCCUCAACGAGCUGGCUACCGGCGUUGCGGCAAGUUUGAGAAGGAAAGAGGCCAAGCGGUCCACACCCACGCCAACGACGAGUGAGACCUCCAGGCUGGAUCUACGGGAGACGACGCACCAGGAGGCUGAGCACCCAAGCUCUUCUUUCCAGACUGGAAGUGACAGUGCCUCCUCCAAUGCUCCUGUUGGGGGGGUGCACUACCCUGCCUCCGGUAAGGUUAGUGGUCUCCACACCUCACCUGCGAGCACUUCAACAUGCGGGUUGACACUCACUACCAUCCAGAAGAUUGAAGAACCUCCACUUGAUCAUGAUUCUCCCGAUACAGGGCCGAUGAAGGCUCCAGCUGCCUCGAGCCGAUGUUCCGAUGAGCAGGAGACCAGACAACGGUCAUCUGCUGCUAGGAGAUCCAGCACCAUAGAGCCACGGCCCGAGGAAAGAACACGAUCGUCUGCAGCUCGGAGGGCCAGUACAAUUGAGCCACGGCCCCAUCUACUCCUGGUACAAGCGCCACUAGAGGUGAGAGAAGUCAAGCACCGUCUACUUAGGGACGCGAAAUCGGCAGUGCUCAGGCUGAUUCCGCAUGGAGACGACCUCCAUACUUUCCUCAACGGCUACUUCAGGCGGCACCGUGCAACGUACCACGCCAACCCGGUGAACAUGCCCUCGUGUGGGAACUGGAUAUGGUCGCUUACUGCAGCAUUGAUGACAAGGCCGGAAAACCACCCCAACGUCUGGAGGCGUAGCCACGCGGGAAAGCUGGGCGACGCGGUAGAGGGAUAUCUGUACACGUUAUACCAGAGCCAGACGGCGGGGAACCUUGCCCUGCUGGCCACCUAUGGGGAGGCUGCAAAGUACCUCCACGACCUGAUGCAAGGAAUCCCGCACGCCAUCUACUACCGCCUGAGCUGGAGGCAGUCACUUGACUCGCUCGCGGAGCUUCUCGAACCAUGGAUAGGAGCAGCGUCUACACAGGACAUGCGGUCCUUGCACCCCGUCGUGACACUGGCGAUACUCGACCGCAACGAAUCCACAGCCGUGACAGUUGAGGCGGAAAACACAGGGCUGGACAAGCAGCAGACAAUGAACAGGAGGGAGGAGAGACAUGGACCUCAUGGAAAAGAUGGGAGUGGAGAAACACUCCCCAUCGACCUCAUAGAGGGGGCAAGCCCUUCUAACUCUGGUGAAGCUGGUGGUCUCCACACUUCACCCGUGGUCGGCCUGGUACCUGAGCCAAUGCUCACAACCCUCAAAAAGCAGGCGGAGCCUCCACUUACUCUUGAUCUCCUCGUUGCACCGCAGACACAGAUGCCAGCUGCUUCGAGCCAGGGCCUUGGCGAGCAAGAGGCCAAUCCGCGAUCGACUGCAGCCAGGAGGUCCAAUACCAAUGAACCACGACCAGAGGCAAGACAACGAUCGUCUGCUGCACGGAGGGCUAGUACAGUGGAACCACGGCCCCAUCUACUCCUAGCACAAGCACCAGAGGAGGUACGACACGCUAAGCAGCGCCUACUUCAGGAAGCGAAAUCUGCAGUGGUCAAGCUCAUUCCGCAUGGAGACGAUCUCCACAACUUCCUCCACGGCUACUUCAGGCAGCAUCAUGCGACGUAUCACACCAGCCCGAUGAACAUGCCCGCCUGCGGAAACUGGAUUUGGUCGCUCACAGCGGCUUUGAUGACAAGGCCGGAGAGCCACCCCAACGUCUGGACACGCAGGCAGGCGGGCAAGCUGGGUGACGCGGUUGAGGGCUAUCUCUACACGUUGUACCAGAAACAGACGGUGGAGAGUCUUGCCCUGCUGGCCAUCUACGGGGAGGCAGCGAGGCACCUCCAUGACCUAAUGCAAGGAAUCCCACAUGCUAUUUACUACCGCCUAAGCUGGCGGCAGUCGCUCGACACGCUCGAAGAGCUCCUCGAGCCGUGGAUAGGAGUGUCAGAUGCACAGGACAAGCGGUCUCCGCGUCCUGCAGUCGCAAAUGGCGACUACGACCGACCGUCAGACGCAGACACCUACGAGGCAGGAGGCCCCGAAACUGCACUUCUCAUCCAUUCCAACAACUAUUCAGGCUUGCCACAAAGGCGCAACACAUUAGGAACCUCCUACAGCAACACACUAAUAAGAUCAGCAGCCUGA